AGUCUCGGUUUGUUACGGUAAGGAAAAAGCUUCAAAGUUCAAACAUUUCUCCUCGACGAUGCAAUCAGACUGCCGACAACAAUGAAGCCACCGGAAUCUCAAUUACUAAAGACCCUUUCAUCAAUCCUCACAUCGGAGAAAACCCAUAUCCUCGAAACCCUAAACCCUUACAUCCCUCAGAUCACUCAGCCUCUCCUCCUCUCUCUCUUCUCCUCUCCUUCACUCGCCAAGCGACCCGAAACUCUCCUCUCUCUCUUCCACUGGGCUAAAACCUCGACCCCCGACGCAUUCCCAUCGGACUCCCCUCUCCCCCUUCUCUCCGUCGUCCGUUCCCUCAUCUCCCACCACAAAUUCGCCGACGCCAAGUCCCUUCUCGUCUCCCACAUCCAAACCUCCUCCGAUGGACCGCUCUCUCUCUCCAACUCCCUCCUCCACCCGAAUCUCCACCUCUCUCCUCCUCCCUCUAAAGCCCUCCUCGACGUUUCCCUCGGCGCUUACCUUCAAGCCGGGAAGCCUCACGUGGCGUUACAGAUCUUCCAGAAGAUGGUUCGUCUGAAGCUGAAACCAAACCCUCUCACUUGCAACACUCUUCUCAUCGGCUUGGUCAGGUACCCUUCAAGCUUCUCUCUCGCAAACGCUAGACAAGUGUUUGACGACAUGGUUAAACUCGGUGUCUCGCUAAAUGCGAAGACUUUCAAUGUGUUGAUUCAUGGGUAUUGCUUAGAAGGGAAGCUCGAAGAAGCUGUAGCAAUGGUUGAGAGGAUGGUUAGUGAGUUCAGUGUGCAGCCUGAUAACGUUACCUACAAUACGAUUUUGAAAGCCAUGUCUAAGAAGGGGCGUUUGAAUGAUGUUAAGGAGCUGUUGUUGGAUAUGAAGAAGAACGGCUUGGUGCCUAAUAAGGAUACUUACAAUAAUCUAGUCUAUGGUUACUGUAAAUUAGGUUCGUUGAAGGAAGCGUUUCAGAUUGUGGAGCUGAUGCAGCAAACCAACAUGUUACCCGAUCUUCGCACUUAUAACAUGUUGAUGAAUGGGCUGUGCAAUGAGGGAAGUAUCAAGGAAGCUCUUGAGCUGGUGGAUGAGAUGAAGGGGUUGAAGUUACUGCCUGAUGUGGUUACUUACAACACGUUGAUUGAUGGGUGCUUUGAGUUGGGGAGGAGUUUGGAAGCUAAGAAGUUGAUGGAGCAAAUGGUGAAUCUUGGAGUUAAACCGAACCAAGUGACUCAUAACAUAUCUCUUAAGUGGCUUUGCAAAGAAGAGAAGAUGGAAGAGGUUAUUAGAAUGGUUAAGGAAUUGGUGGAAGUGCAUGGGUUUUCUCCUGAUAGAGUUACUUAUCAUACAUUGAUUAAAGGGUAUUUGAAAGCAGGAGACUUGAAUGGUGCACUUGAGAUGAUGCGUGAGAUGGGGCAGAAGGGGAUUAAGAUGAAUACCAUUACACUUAACACCAUUCUUGAUGCUUUGUGCAAAGAGAGGAAACUUGAUGAAGCUCACAAUUUGCUGGAUAGUGCUCGCAAGAGAGGGUACAUUGUUGACGAGGUUAGUUACGGCACGUUAAUCACAGGCUACUUCAGGGAAGAAAAGGUUGAGAAGGCUUUGGAGGUGUGGGAAGAGAUGAAGAAGAUAAAGAUCAUCCCUACCGUGAGCACGUUUAACUCUUUAAUUGGAGGUCUCUGUCACAAUGGGAAAACUGAGCUAGCUAUGGAGAAGUUCGAUGAGCUUGCUAAGAGCGGUUUGCUUCCUGAUGACACUACUUUCAACUCGAUCAUCCUCGGAUACUGCAAAGAAGGACGUGUUGAGAAAGCGUUCGAGUUUUAUAAUGAAAGCGUCAGACACUCUUUCAAGACUGAUAGCUACACGUGUAACAUUCUUCUCAAUGGUCUUUGUAAGGAGGGAAUGACAGAAAAGGCUCUCAAUUUCUUCAACUCGCUUAUCGAGGAGAGAGAGGUCGAUACGGUUACGUACAACACGAUGAUCUCCGGUUUCUGCAAGGACAGGAAGGUGAAAGAAGCGUUUGAUCUUUUAUCAGAAAUGGAGGAGAAAAAACUAGAGCCUGAUCGGUUUACAUACAACAGUAUUGUCACUGCACUUAUGGAAGAUGGUAAGCUGAGUGAAGCAGAAGAAUUGUUGGAGAAAGUUUCUGUAAAGUUUGGAUCGGCGAAACAGAGUUUGCAGGGAGAGACGCAUGAAAAUGCUGAAUCGAAGGAGGAAGUUAAUAACACUGAGGGUAUUGCAUACUCUGAUGUUAUAAAUGAACUUUAUAGUAGAGGAAGAUCAAAGGGGGUUACUAUAGACGUUACAUAGAGUGAAAGCAAAACUCUUUUUUUUUUGUGUGGGUUCUCUGGCUAAAUGUAUUCCUGUUUAGUUUUGUAUCAGUUUACGAGUCACUAUCAAUUUUGUAUCAUCUAUUGCUCGAUACUUCUGAAACAUUUUUUUUUU